UUCAGAAAAAUAAUCUGUCAACAACUGACAGCUGAAGAAGUAAAAACAAGUUUCCUAAUCGAGUGCUGGAACUUAUUCUCAGUUUGCAUUAAUACACAGGUUUUUUUACUUUAAAUAAAAGUAUAAAAUAUAUCGUCAUGAUUCGGUAAUUUUUUUUAACUCGUACUGGUCUUAAUCGAAAUGUGCGAGUACUUGUAAUUAUACACACUUACCAAUGAAACCGUUUCAGUGACUGUUUAUAAGUGUAAAAGUAUUCGUGUAAAUAACAAUAUGAGGUCCGACAUAGAAAAGGAAGCCGGAACAUGGCUUCUAAAACGUUAUGGACAGUUUUUUAAGACCCAAUAUCAAGAUCUUACUGGCCCACUAAAAGGCGACUACUGGGAAGAAAACAGGACAUUUUUGCCGAUACAAGUAGCGAUGUCAUCAAAUGAACUCAUACAAAUUACAGAUUUAGUAUCGUCAGAUAAUACUUUAAUGACGAAAGUAUUAAGUGUGCUGUCUUCUUUGUGUGUCGAAGUUGUGGCUUUAAAAAAGGAAGCAUUUGAAAAGCAUUUUAUUUUUUUAUCAGUGUAUGAAGAGUACAAUAGCAAUGACAUUGGCAAACAAAUGGAAUCAAUUUGUGGACUGAGUGCAUUUGCUACCCGCUGUGAUGAUGUUCUGCGUAACCUCUGCAGCCAAGUGUUUGCUGUUUUUACUAAGAGUGCCAUUAAUAUUAAUGGGAUUCAACUCCACUUCAUAAUCAACCACAUUGGGGAAUUAUUUACCAUUAUCAUAUUACUUGAAGUUUUGAUAUCAAAUACUUCAUUAAUAAGCAACUGGAAUAAAUAUUGCAAAUCCAUAAAAUCAUUCAACAAAACACCAGAAAAUCUAGACUUAACACAAGAAAAGUUCCAGGCCAUGGUUGGAGCUUUAAAUAAUAUUACAAAAAAAAUAAUGAAUGAUGACAUUGUCCAAAAGAGUCUCAAUAACCUGACAGUGCUAAGAGGAAGUCUGGUUGAUAAGAAUUGUUCUUUAGUCACUUCAGAAUUCAGUCAAUAUUUGAAACAGGCUAUAGUAAACUUGGACAAAUUAGUACAAGAGCAGCCUAAUGUUAACAAUAUGUACAAAUGCAUUAAAGUUAAUGGUCUUUAUGUACUAUCAUCACAUUUAUUUGGUAACAGUGACAAGAAAAUUUUCAGGUCUUUAUUAGAUUUGAAUACAAAGGCACACAGCAUUCAUGUUAUCGGAACAACAAUUUGGUUUCCGGAACAAUUUCUUCAACGGCACGUGGCCUCGCAGUGGGCAAAACAUGAUAAAAUGUCACAGUCUAUGAUCAAAGCACGCCAAGCUUACAUUAGUAUGAAGAAAAGUAAUUUAGUAAAGGACAUUACGAAUCUUCACUUCCUGUGCACACAGUGGGUGCUUAAUGUUGAAGAGACAUUUUCUUCCAACAAUCAUAAGCUCAGUGCUGCUGAAAUGAGCAUGCAUGCGAAAAUACUUCUGGAAGGUCUGGACAUUGCAUCCAGCACAAACCAUUCAGUGCUGACGUUGAUCAACUUGCAUCUUGCACUUGGUAUACCACUGCCUAAGAGUAUGUUGAUCACAUUGUUUGAAAUUAUGUAUAUGUUAAAGACUUUAGGUAAUGCGCUAUCCCGCAAUCGAAAUCAAAUUAUUAUAUCUAUAAAUAUGGUACUGCAGCAUUUAAUAUUUCAAUCUACGUCAUCUAUACUAGAAGUCAAAAAAUCCUUGAUGACUGAUAAGAAUUAUGCUAAUAAAAGGCUCGACGAGUUGACUUGUCUGGUGAUAGCUGAGAGAGCUCUAAAGGGAGCAUCAACUAUAGAAAGGAAUAUAGCAGCCCAUGUUGCUUUAAGUUUUGUACCAGAUUCAACCUACUUAGAAGACAGUUAUGUCAGGCUUGGCAAAUUGCUUGACAAGAUUCAAUCAUUAUCAAAUUUUAUGGAUACCAUGGAAAAGUUAUGCAAUUGCUCCUGGUUGUUGUGGCACCAAAAUAUAAUUCCAAUUUAUUUCGAGCAGAACUUCAGCAUGCAAUUAAAUUCAUUAAAACUAAAAUAUUUUUUGAUGGUUUUGGAAGACUGCAUUGUAUUACUACACAAAACCGAUAAACAAUACGACAUAAUAAAAUUUCAGCAAUUUCUUAAUAAUAUGAAAUCAAUGAUCGAGAAAGAAGUUAUACAGAGCACCAGUCAGAAUAUAGAGACCAACUUACGUCUACAUAUUCAUUCACAUUUGCAGCUGGACGUAAUUAAUCCAUUUACAUUUGAAAUGACUAAGAAACUGCUGUUAGUCGUAGAUAAUUUCAGAAUCCAAUGUCUUUACAUGUCCAUAGUCCCAUCUGUUGAACAUUACCUAUCUACAAUGUACUACAAUUUAACAACAGUUGUUUUGUCAGAUUGGAAAACUUAUGGCGAAAUGCGACAAAUGGCAAAAUUUAAAUUCAAUUUAAAUACUGUUCAAGAUAAUUUACCAACUCAGACUUUAGAACAGGGUUUGGAUGUGUUAGAAAUCAUGCGAAACAUUCAUAUAUUCGUGUCCAAAUACUUGUACAACCUGAACAACCAGAUUUUCAUAGAGAAAAGUAGUAACAACAAACAUUUGAAUUCUAUUAACAUCAGGCAUAUUGCAAACUCCAUAAGGACUCAUGGUACUGGAAUUAUGAAUACUACAGUGAAUUUUACAUACCAAUUCUUAAAGAAAAAGUUUUUUAUAUUUUCUCAAUUCAUGUUUGAUGAACAUAUCAAAUCAAGAUUGGUAAAAGAUCUGAGGCUUUUAAAAGAGACUGCUGCCACCAACGGAAAUAUGUAUCCCUACAAGAAUGCUGAGAAAUUUAACAAAGGCAUACGUGUCUUAGGAUGCAAUGACGAUGGACAAAGCUAUUUAGAUUUGUUUCGCGACUUGAUAAGUCAAAUUGGAAAUGCAAUGGGAUAUGUGAGGAUGAUUAGGUCGGGAGGUCGCCACUGUUGUUCGGAUGCAACAUUGUUCUUACCAAAUCUGGAUAACGUCGUGUCUUUCAAGGAAAUGUGUGAGGAGAGUACUCUUGGACCCGGAACAAUUAAAUCUUCAGAAAACUUGGAUCAUAAUAUUAAUGAUUUGAUAUCAAACUUCAUUCAAGGCACGGAAUAUUUUAAACUCCUUGUUGACGUUUUUGCGCCAGUUUUUCGUAAUCCUAAAAACGUUCAUCUGAAGAACUUCUACAUUAUCAUUCCACCAUUAUCUUUGAAUUUCGUUGAACAUAUGAUACUGUCUAAAGAUAAAAUGUCGAAGAAAAAUAAGGUCGGUGCUGCAUUUACUGACGACGGCUUCGCAAUGGGAGUUGCCUAUAUUCUUAAAUUAUUGGAUCAGGAUACUAAUUUUGAAGCACUUCAUUGGUUUGACUCAAUUUGGAAACAUAUUAGUAAUGAAAGAAAACUACUUCAGGAGCAGCAAGACAAGGGCUCUGUGCAAUUACAACAGGCUUUAGCACUCACUGAGAAAAAGUUAAAAACAUUGGAGGAAGAAUUCAAAUUACUGUAUUACAGUCUUACAAGUGCAAGAAUAUUUUUCAAAUGAUACUAUAAGUUUAAUAACCAUACAAUAUGUAAACUAGUAAUCCUAAGUAUAAUAUGAUUAACAUUUACCUAAA